AUGCCUGGGAUGGUCGGGCACAACCCAUUCGAUCCCGACUCGCGCCUCCACAAGGUGGAGAAGAUCUUCAAGCUCUUCGACGCCAAUGGUGACGGCUACCUCAACCGGCAGGAGAUGGCGGCGCUGGUGAUGGGCGUGAAUCCCCGCGUCAAGUUCACGGACGCACAGAUCAACGCCAUCCUCAACGAGGUGUUCCGUAGCUAUGGAGAGUUCAUCGCGGGGGACAAGGGCCUCCGCCAGGACGGACUCCUCCGGACUUACAACGAUGGCGCCGGGGACAUCGACCGCGACUUCGAAGCUCUCGGCCUCACGCUGGACGACGAAGAGCAGCACACCAUCGAAGAUGGCGACGGCGAGGUGGACGAUCCUCCUCCGCCACCACCUCCAAAUCCAGUCGCAGCAACGAUCGCCACCAGCGUCGACGAUGGCGAUCACGAUGACGAUCACCACGACUCCAGCGAAGGAGAGCAGCAAGAAGAAGAUCAUCCAGUACGAUCAUCGCCAUGCUUGCUACCACAUCGAUCUCCAUCGGUGACGCCCCCGAGAAGGAAAGCCUCCAACGCAUCGUCGGAUACAUGGAGCAAGAGCAAGAAGGCCAUGGCCGGGCCAUGGCCGCCAUCCUGGACAGCAUCGCCCAACAACGGCAUCGUCUACGCGGAUACCUGGCACAUCGUGGAAGAUCUCGACACGCUGGUCCGGCGAGCCGAGGCAAAGAUCGGCCCCCGCCGAUCAUCCGACGCCAGGAAAUCCGCGCUUCUCACCGCCACCGAUCUCUCCUCGUUCCAACGCUGCCUGGCGGAGCUGUGCGAGCGCGCCGACUGCUCGAGGACCCAGGACGAGGCCUUCGACGCACACAUGGCCAUGGGCCGGACGCUCUUCGAUCACGCCUUCUUUGACGAGGCGCUGGCCCGAUUCAAGCGCGCAAUCGAGCUCCGCCCCACCGACGUCCGCCCCUACUUCCGGUCGGGCAACAGCCUGUGCUCCACCGCGCGCUUCCACGACGCGGUGGAAUCCUACUCCCUCGCGCUCGAGGCCGCGCACAGCAAUGGCCCGCUGUGGUGCGCGCUGCUGCCACAGAUUCACGUCAACUUGGGCAUCGCGCUCGAGGGGCAAGGGAUGCUCCUGGGCGCUUGCGAGCACUACCGCGAGGCCGCCAUCCUCAGCCCGGCACACUACCGCGCGCUCAAGCUCCUGGGCAGCGCACUGCUGGGCGUCGGGGAGUACCGCGCGGCGGAGAAGGCACUCCGCGAGGCCAUCUCCAUCAAGCCCGACUACGCCGACGCGCACUGCGACCUCGGGUCCGUGCUGCAUGCCGCCGGCGACUCGGACAAGGCCGUAGCCGAGUUCCAUGCCGCCAUCCAGCUCCAGCCCAGCCACACUGACGCGCUCUACAACUUGGGCGGAUGCCUGCGCGACAGUGGUAGCUUCUCGCAGGCGGCAGAGGCCUACUCGAGCGUCAUCGCGUUGGAUCCCACGCACUGGCAAGCGCAUCUCAACAAGGCCGUGUCGCUGCUCGGGAUGGCGGACGUAGAACACGCGGUGGAGUCCAUGAAGCAGGCUUUCAAGCUGACCAACCGAGUGGAAAUCUUCGACGAGAUGAAACACCUGCGCUACUUGCAGAGGAACCCCGGCGAGCUCAACAUCUUGAUCCACAGCGGUGAUGGUGGUGGUGGUGACAAGCUCCAGCAGCAGCAAGAUCACAGCCCCGUCAUCCAGUGCGCUCCACUCCAGCAGUCCGCCAUCCCUCUCGUGGAUCACUCGAGGUUCCUGAGGAGCAGCGCCAAGACCACGCCAAGCCUGCUCAUGCGCUGCGCGCUGGAGAUGAGAGCCUUCCAGAGGCACACCCGCUUCAACCGCUGCAACGUCUCGCUGCUCACCAAGGAGAUCCUGGACGAUCCCAAGCUCCCGCUAUCGCAGCAGAGCACCACCUCGUCCUACAGAUCCAUGCGCAAGGCCGACGUCGAGAAACUCGUCCGCAACAAGCUCCUCCCCUUCCUCUCGCCGCAGACCUUCCAAGGCACCAUCAAGAGCCUCAACGAGCGAGCGCUCGCCAUCCUCGACAAGAAAGGAACCGGCAGAGUCGACCCGGGGAUGUUCCUGGCGGUCCUGGCACCAAUCUGUUCCGGAGCACUGGAGCGGCGGAAGCGCGUGGCGUUCGACUCGCUGGUGUGGAGGAGCCGGACGUCCUCCAAGAAGCUGGGAGCCGAGAUAAGUCGAGCCGACGCCAAGGCCUACUUCAAGAAGCUCAAGUCCGUCUACAUGCCGCUCCAUGCACGUCCCACGGACGACCAGCUCUGGGAGGUUCGAGGCGAGGAUGACAACACCACCCUCUCCUUCCCCGAGUUCCUGGACAUGUUCGAGGAGUCGUCCGACUUGUCCUUCAGCAACAUCCUCGAGACGCUGGUGAGGCUCGAGAGUCGAGACCGGAGCCGGCACAACGGGAUCAACUGUUCGGUUUGCAGCUACGAGAUCGUUGGCCCCCGCUUCCGAGAGGUAAGCGCCAACUUCAACCUGUGCUCCGUUUGUUACAGCGAAGGCAAAGUCCCCCCGGACAUGCUCCACGAAGAGUACUUCUGCUUCAAGGAGUAUGGAAGCGAGGCCGACGCCAUCAAGGAGAAGCUGCUGCUCUUCGGCUCUAAAGUGCCGAAGUUCGCGUAG